GCCACAUCCGCGAUAUGGACGUCGCACCCAUUGGAAAAGUUAUUCCGCAGCACAAGAAGAAACCCCGGCGACGUGGACCACGUCUUACAGGCGUCAGCAAGCAGCGCCGGGUGGCGAAUGCACGUGAAAGACGCCGGGUUGAAAUUUUAAACAUGAAUAUCCAGAUAUUACGACAUAUGAUUCCUCUUCCGCCGCAGGAGAAGGAACCUUCAAAGACUGAAGUGAUAUGGCUAGCUGUAGAUUACAUCACAGAGCUCACCAAAAUGUUGGAUUCUGCUGAUCAGUGGCAGGCUGAGCUUGAAAUGUUCGAUAUUGACUCUUUGGAUAGCUUAGAUGACAGCCCUCUGUUUAAUUUGGAAGAUUGUGCGCCAUUGUCUUUUUGAGUCGUACGCCUUUCCAAAAUAACGAUGCGUCCAAACUUGAUCACUGAUGGGACUGAUUUUCUAUUUCAUAGCAAGAAUUUUAGUGAAUGUUUGUGACACAGAACGUUUUAUCCUCACAAUGAGGAAUCACUGGGUGCAAAUUAAUGUAAUGUCAAUUAAUUACUUCGGUCAAGUUGUUGUAAAUUUAUGCAUGGCAUGAAUUUCGAGGGCACAUAGGCAAUACUUUAUUUACUUACUUAAUAGAUAUUGCUGUUAGAAUUACACAGUUUGACUGGUACCGAUAUGCUAAAAAUAUUGAAAUAUUUCUGCUUGAUAUUCAAGUACAAAAAUCAUUGAUAUUUGGGUGUUACCCAGUAAUAUGUUUGCGCAGGCGCAUUAUUGUCAAAUAAAAAUAUAGA